GUAUACGCCUAUAUCGAUAAUAUUAUUAUCGCUAGCAGGAAUAUAGAGGAGUACCUUAAGUAUAUCGAGAUAGUUCUUAAUAUUUUCAACAAGGUAUACGUUUAUAUUUCAGUAGAAAAAUCCUUUAUAGCCUACCCGUUAAUAAGACUUCUUAGCUAUAUAGUCAAUAGCGAAGGAGUAGCUAAGAUAGACGAUAGGAUUACUAUAUUUAAGAAACUUAAGUUCCCUAAUAUCCUCAAGACCUUAGAAUAG